UUUCCACCUCACACAUUUUUAUUUUAAUCGUCAAUCAUAUCACACUAUUCAAAAACACUCAACACAAUUAAGAGUAUUUUAUUGUUGCUAUUCUUUAAACUUUGAAUCUAAAAAGAAUAAAAUCAGAAUUAUCAAGCUUUUCAAACACACAAAAAUGGCGUCAUCCAAAACUGUCAGAAAAUUAGAGGUACUAUCACCGGUUCCAGCGGAUAUUGAUAUCGCUAACGCUGUUGAGCCACUUCACAUCGCCGAUAUUGCUGCCGAUCUUAAUCUAUCUCCUCAUCACUAUGAUCUUUACGGAAAAUAUAAGGCCAAGGUAUUGCUCUCUGUGCUGGAUGAGCUCCAAGAAUCCCAGAAUGGAUACUAUGUUGUGGUUGGAGGCAUCACUCCGACUCCGCUUGGAGAAGGCAAAUCGACUACUACUGUUGGUCUUUGUCAAGCUUUGGGAGCAUUCCUUGAUAAAAAGGUUGUUACCUGCCUUCGUCAACCGUCACAAGGGCCAACUUUUGGUAUAAAAGGUGGUGCAGCUGGUGGUGGUUAUAGUCAAGUUAUUCCAAUGGAUGAGUUCAAUCUUCAUUUAACAGGGGAUAUACAUGCUAUAACAGCUGCAAACAACCUUCUUGCUGCUGCCAUAGACACUAGAAUAUUCCAUGAGUCCACUCAGUCAGACAAGGCUCUGUUUAAUCGUUUGUGUCCCCCUAACAAAGAAGGUAAAAGAACCUUCAGUAACAUAAUGUUUAGGCGUCUGCAAAAACUAGGUAUUGAUAAGAGUAAUCCAGAUGAUCUUACUCCGGAAGAGGCUGCUAGAUUUGCUAGGCUUGAUAUUGACCCUGAUUCUAUUACAUGGCGUAGAGUUAUGGAUGUGAAUGACCGGUUUUUGAGGAAAAUUACUGUUGGUCAGGGGCCAGAUGAGAAAGGGAUGGUAAGGGAAACUGGAUUUGAUAUUUCUGUUGCUAGUGAGAUAAUGGCAGUUUUGGCACUAACAACUUCGUUGGAAGACAUGAGAGAGAGACUUGGAAAAAUGGUGAUUGGAAAUAGCAAGGCCGGAGAACCUAUAACAGCUGAUGAUCUAGGAUUAGGUGGUGCCUUGACUGUACUAAUGAAGGAUGCAAUCAACCCCACUCUGAUGCAGACCCUUGAAGGAACACCUGUACUUGUUCAUGCUGGCCCAUUUGCAAAUAUUGCUCAUGGUAAUUCCUCCAUUGUUGCUGACAAGAUUGCCCUGAAGCUAGUUGGGCCAGGUGGCUUUGUGGUUACUGAAGCUGGGUUUGGUUCUGACAUUGGAACUGAGAAGUUCAUGAACAUAAAAUGUCGAUACAGUGGUUUGACACCACAGUGUGCUAUUGUUGUUGCUACGGUGAGGGCCUUAAAAAUGCAUGGAGGUGGGCCACAAGUUGUGGCUGGCAAGCCUCUAGAUCGUGCCUACUUAACUGAGAAUGUGGGUCUUGUUGAGGCUGGUUGUGUCAAUCUUGCCAGGCAUAUUUUAAAUACAAAGGCUUAUGGUGCAAAUGUUGUGGUUGCCAUCAACAUGUUUUCUACUGACACAGAAGCAGAACUUAAUGCUGUUAAAAAAGCUUCAAUGGAUGCUGGGGCUUUUGAUGCUGUAAUUUGUACACAUCAUGCUCAUGGUGGUAAAGGAGCGGUGGAUCUAGGCAUAGCGGUUCAGAAAGCAUGUGAGAACGUAACACAGCCUUUGCGGUUCUUAUAUCCUCUUGAAAUUAGCAUUAAAGAGAAAAUAGAGGCAAUAGCCAGGUCUUAUGGUGCUGCUGGUGUUGAAUACUCAGAGCAGGCUGAGAAACAAAUCGAGAUGUACAGCAAACAAGGCUUCUCCAAUCUCCCAAUCUGCAUGGCAAAAACCCAGUACUCAUUUUCUGAUAAUGCUGCCGCAAAGGGUGCUCCAAGCGGAUUUGUCUUGCCAAUUCGAGAUGUGAGGGCUAGCAUCGGCGCUGGAUUCAUUUAUCCUUUGGUUGGAACAAUGAGCACAAUGCCUGGACUUCCGACAAGGCCUUGCUUCUUUGAGAUCGAUCUUGACACCAAAACCGGAAAGGUCAUAGGUCUUUCUUAGAGUCUUUUCUCGGGACAUAAUUAACGAAGCUUCUGUUCUUCAAGCAUAAACUUAUUGGAGGCCUUUAAAAUUUGAAAAUGUUUUUGUAUGCACUUCUGUAUGUCUUGUAAGCCAUUUUUUUCUAAUUGCUUGAUUGUUAUGCAUAGUUAAACUCCUAAUAAAUUAUUCUUGCUUUCUGCUAUUUGUGUAUCCCUCUGCAUAGAGCUUCAAUGUGGUAUUUUAUGUGUACUGAAUUGGUUAUUAUGUGAAGAUGGUUUAUUUCUGAA